UCCUUAAAAAUUUGUAUGAAAAAAAAGCCAAACCCCAAUUUUGAGCCCUCCUUUCUCUCUCUAGUUUUCUCUCUCUUAUCCGCUCCUUCUGGCUGCUCUGCCGCCGCUAGAUUCGAUUCCCUCCGCCGUCUCCUCCUCCAUUUCCUCUGUUUCGUACCUCCAUUACCCUUCCCUCUUCCAGCUUGGUGAUGGAGUUAUCGGAAAUUGCUUGAGAUUACCGUCGGAACUUCAAUGCGCAUAGACCUGGACUGGAAAGUUUUCUACCUGGGGUGUUCUUCUGGGGAGCCAUUUGCGUUCUUGACUCUUGAGAAACUUCGCAGUUCAAGGAAUAUAAUUACUUGGAUAGUAGGUUGUGUCCUACUUGUUGGAGCUUUGCGAUAUCAUUUGUAUUGUAAAGAGCUCCAUAACAGUAGACUGAGUCUUCAGUUCAUCAUCAAUGUCAGAAGUCGAUAUGGCGGUCAUAAAACCGGAUAUGAUGAAGUCAUAUAUAUGGCUUCAAACUGCUGAUGGUGCAAUUCAGCAAGUGGAACAAGAGGCUGCAAUGUUCUGUCCCAUGAUAUGCCAAGAAGUACUACAGAAGGGUGCUGGAUCAUCUAAGAACUAUGCAAUAUCUCUUCCGCAGCGAGUGAAUCCGGCCAUGUUAAGCUUGAUUCUUGAUUACUGCAGAUUUCAUCAAGUACCUGGACGUUCAAAUAAGGAACGAAAAACAUUUGAUGAAAAAUUCAUUCGCAUAGACACAAAGAGGCUCUGUGAGUUGACCUCAGCCGCUGACAGCUUGCAGUUAAAGCCUUUGGUUGAUCUUACAAGCCGUGCACUUGCACGAAUCAUUGAAGGAAAAACCCCUGAAGAGAUACGUGAGAUAUUUCAUUUGCCUGAUGAUCUGACUGAGGAGGAGAAGUUGGAGCCAUUGAAAAAUACAACGGAUGAUCCACGAAUUCGACUCUUGAAUAGAUUAUAUGCAAAGAAAAGAAAGGAACUGCAAGAAAGGGAGAAAUUGAAGAAUGUGGAAGUUGAGGAAGAACGUGUGGAUGAGCGUUCUGUGGAUGAUCUUUUAUCAUUUAUUAACGGCAGAGAUUCCAAGGCAAUGAAGACUUCCAAGAGCAAAAAGAAGAACAAGAAAAAGAAGGAUCUCAAGAACGGUUGCUCAAAUGAGAUCAAUUCAGCCCCUGACAAGGAAUCACAUUCCACAAAAAAUCCAAGCGGUGAGGUAGUUGAUAAAAACGGGUCCUGCACGAGUGAGGCACCAAACUUACCGAAUGCAGAAGAUGAUAUUUUCACCCCAAAGGUUGAGUUUGGAGAUGGUGAUAUGGAUGAUGAAAUUGAUCCAGCUUUGAAGGAAAUGCUUGAUAGAGAGGUGGAAGAUUUUGCUCGGAGAUUAAACUCAAAUUAUAUGCUGUCAAUGGGCCAAGAAAGGAGGCCAGUUCAUUUUUCCAUUAAUGGGAAUGGAACUACAAGACGACACACAGGUUNNGCAGCAGGACACGAAUAAAUAUAGGAACAAAGAACAUCGUUGGUCGGCCAAAGGCUGAAACAGGUUCUGGUCCGAUCAGAGUGCGGCCAAAGAGAGUGGUUUCAAUGGUGAUUCUUCUGGGCUUUUACCGGCGUGACCUCUUCUGUAAUAUUUUGUUGUCUCUCUUUUCUUGUUCCUUUUUUUGAGGGUAGGAGGCAGUUUUGUUGGUUAAUGAUGAAACCCUUUUUUCUUUGUAGCCUUUUGAGAAUGCAGGGGGAAAAGGAAGUAUUUUAUGUAGGCUGGUUCCUUUAGAGUUUGGAUUUUUUUUGUAUGGUGCUUUUUUUUACUUAGCCGUGAAAAAGAAUAAAAACAGAACAUUUCUACUUCA